AUGGACCCGACCCGUGCACCCGAUUUCGAGCCGCCCUCGUCGAACAAACAACCGGACCCGCCGUUGGCGCCCCAGUCGACGAUCCCAAAGAGCGGACCCAUCCAGCCGUACGUGCUCGCCGACUACAAUGAGUCCAUCGAUGCGCCCAUUCACCCGCGGGACUACAAGAAACAGUCUCGAUUCGGGCGUCGAGUCUCGACGGCGCACCAUAGCUCGAUCCCGAUGAAGCUGGAUGCGUUGCAGCCGUUGUCGCACGAGACCUCGUCCGAGGACGAAGGCGAGCCCCGCAAAUCUGAAGCGAAUGCGACGACUUUGCAAAGCACGCGCCAGAUUUGCACGCCUUUGCUAGAAGAGUACGAGGCGCUGCCCCGCGACCACCAUAUUGGAUCUCGCGUCCACAAGUACCAGAUCGCCGAUCUGGAGGAAGUGCCGCAUGGCGUGGUGCGGCAAGCACGAACGAUCGAAGAGUAUGCGUUCCCGUCGCAUCGAUUGCAAAAACGGCUCCGGAACGCGAGCAAGCUGCCCCUCGUCGUGGUCGCGUGUGGUUCGUUUUCUCCUAUCACGUAUUUACACCUGCGUAUGUUCGAGAUGGCGCUCGACGCCAUCUCGGAACAAACGCGGUUCGAGGUCGUGGGUGGGUAUUACUCACCCGUGAGCGACAAUUACAAGAAACCAGGGUUGGCGGACGCACACCACCGGGUGCGCAUGUGCGAACUUGCGUGUGAGCGUACGUCGUCGUGGCUUAUGGUGGACGCAUGGGAAUCUUUGCAACCGCACUAUACACGGACGGCCAAAGUCUUGGACCAUUUCAAUGACGAGAUCAACGUCAAACGGGGCGGGAUCGCGACCGCGACGGGGGAACGCCUGGGCGUCAAGAUCAUGCUUCUGGCGGGCGGAGACCUGAUCGAGAGUAUGGGUGAACCCAACGUGUGGGCCGAUUCGGAUUUACACCACAUUUUGGGCAAUUACGGGUGCUUGAUCGUAGAACGCACUGGGUCCGAUGUACGGUCCUUCCUGUUGUCGCAUGACAUCAUGUACGAGCACCGACGCAACGUCUUGGUGAUCAAGCAACUGAUUUACAACGACAUUUCGUCUACCAAAGUGCGGCUGUUUAUCCGGCGUGGUAUGUCCGUGCAGUACUUGCUGCCCAACAGUGUUAUCCGGUAUAUCCAGGAGCACGGAUUGUAUGUGAACCAGACCGAGCCCGUAAAGCAGGUGAUGGGCAACAAGGAGUGA